AUGAAUAGGACAGACCUUGACGCCUGCACUUUACAUACUAUUCCCUGUUUGUUAGCUCGAAAUAGAAUUCGCUUACGCAGCUUUUGCCAUAUCGUUUCUGGUUCCUUACUAUUCUUUUUUGAUGAGUAUUUACAAUCUGAUUUCAUUCUUGUUCUUGCAGGAAUUAAAGCCUGCGUGAUAACUAUGGUCGUUAGCACGCGGUCAUCUGCCCGGCAGGGAAAAGAGGAAAAAUUCGUAUAUGAGCCUCGCCAAAAAGUUGCUUUACGUGAUUUCGUUGGAUUCAGAUACAUCGAUCAGUACCUAGAAUAUGACUGUCUCAUGACUCCCGAUGAAUUGCGCCGUUUGAGUGCUCACAAAUAUUCUGCAGUCGACACCUCAUGGCUCGAUGAGCUUUGCAUGAAAACUUUCUGGGAUAAAGUUGUUGAAUUGUAUCCCAUGUGGCUUGCUCCCAAUUUAAUUACUUUGAUAGGACUAAUUGUUAACUUACUCACAGUGUUGAUACUCACUUACUUUUGUCCAACUGCCACCGAAGUAGCUCCUUCAUGGGCUUAUUUAUUAGCUGCUCUUGGUCUUUUCAUGUAUCAAACUCUUGAUGCUACAGAUGGAAAGCAAUCUCGACGAACCGGAACAUCUUCUCCUUUAGGAGAACUCUUCGAUCAUGGUUGUGAUUCCAUUUCUCAGGUUUUUGUCACUUUGAAUGUUUGCUACGCUUUGCAACUUGGUGAACUAAGGAAUAGCGCUUGGCUUGUGUGUGUUCUUUCUUUAUCUCUAUUCUACUGUGCUCAUUGGAGUACUUAUUGUACUGGAAAGCUCAAAUUUGCUCGGUUCGAUGUGACUGAAGCUCAAAUGACUGUGAUUUCUAUGCUUCUCACUACUGGUAUCUUCGGUCCUGGUAUUUGGAAGAUUGGUUUGUUCGGGCUUGAGUUGAGACACCUUGUGAUCAUCUCUUCUCUGCUUGGAACUUUGUAUCAAGGUGGUGGAUACUUAUACACCAUCAUGACCGGAGGAGUUGGCAAAAAUGGAUCGACAGUUGCCGGAACUUCUGUGCUUUUCCCAGUUUGCCCAUUGAUGGCUGUCGUCAUACCAUUCUGUAUGAUUUACAGCAAGUCCAAUAGCGACGUUUUCCAGGAGAAUUUCACACUUUUCGUUCUGUUUUUUGGAGCUGUUGCCACCAAAGCGACCAAUCGGUUAAUCGUUGCUCACAUGAGUAGAAGUGAACUGUUCAUCUGGGAUUGGAUCUACUUAGCGCCUAUCGCUUUAAUUCUUAACCAAUAUUAUGACUUCGUUUUCGCAGAGAAAAUGCUGUUGAACUAUUGUACUAUCUACGCGUAUGCUUCUCUCUUAAUCUACUGUUGGGUAAUAACAAGACAAAUCUGUGAGCAUAUGGGCAUUCGUUGUUUCACAAUCACUCCUAUCAAGCACUAG